CGGGGGCGCUACCUCCUCGGCAGCCGCCGCCGCCGCCGUUGUGAGGGGCCUGCGGGCCGCCCGCCCGCCCGCCGCGCCGGCGCCAUGAAGAGGCAGAGCGAGCGAGACUCGAGCCCGAGCGGGCGCGGCUCGUCAUCGUCGGCCAAGCGGCCGCGGGAGCGCGAACGGGAGGCGGAGGCGGGCGGGCGGCGGGCGGCGCACAAGGCCUCGGGCGGCGCCAAGCACCCAGUUCCAACGCGGGCCCGCGACAAACCCCGCGGUAGCGGGGGCGGCGGCGGUGGACAUCGCGACGGCCGCGGCGCCGGGGACGCGAAUCACCGUGCGAGCAGCGGCCGCUCCUCAGGCUCGGGCGCCGCCGGCGGCGGACGCGGUGCCAAGGCCUCGGGGGACCCGGGCGCUUCGGGCGCUUCGCCCCGCGCGUCUCCACUACCGCCACCUCCGCCGCCGCCCGGGGCCGAGCCCGCGGGUCCCGGCUCAUCAGCAGCCGCACCCGAAUACAAGACGCUGCUCAUCAGCAGCCUGAGUCCCGCGCUGCCCGCCGAGCACCUCGAGGACCGGCUCUUCCACCAGUUCAAGCGCUUCGGCGAGAUCAGUCUGCGCCUGUCGCACACGCCUGAGCUGGGCCGCGUGGCCUACGUGAACUUCCGGCACCCGCAGGACGCGCGCGAGGCCCGCCAGCACGCCCUGGCCCGCCAGCUGCUGCUCUACGACCGUCCGCUCAAGGUGGAGCCCGUGUACCUGCGCGGCGGCGGCGGCGGGAGCAGCCGGCGAAGCAGCAGCAGCAGCGCGGCCGCCUCCACGCCGCCACCGGGGCCACCCGCGCCCGCCGACCCGCUCGGCUAUCUCCCGCUGCACAGCGGCUACCAGUACAAGCAGCGUUCGCUGUCCCCGGUUGCCGCCCCGCCACUGCGGGAGCCCCGCGCCCGCCACGCCGCUGCAGCCUUUGCCCUGGAUGCUGCCGCCGCCGCCGCCGCCGUAGGACUAUCCAGGGAGCGGGCCCUGGACUACUAUGGGCUGUACGACGACCGCGGGCGACCCUAUGGCUACCCGGCGGUGUGCGAGGAGGACCUGAUGCCUGAGGACGACCAGCGGGCCACGCGCAACCUCUUCAUCGGGAACCUGGACCACAGCGUGUCAGAGGUGGAGCUGCGACGGGCUUUCGAGAAGUACGGCAUCAUUGAGGAGGUGGUCAUCAAGAGACCCGCCCGUGGUCAGGGCGGUGCGUAUGCCUUCCUCAAAUUCCAGAAUCUGGAUAUGGCCCACAGGGCUAAGGUGGCCAUGUCGGGUCGGGUGAUUGGCCGCAACCCCAUUAAGAUAGGAUAUGGCAAGGCCAACCCCACUACUCGCCUCUGGGUGGGUGGCCUGGGACCUAACACCUCACUGGCGGCUCUGGCCCGGGAGUUUGACCGCUUUGGGAGCAUUCGGACCAUUGAUCAUGUCAAAGGAGAUAGCUUUGCCUACAUCCAGUACGAAAGCUUGGACGCAGCCCAGGCCGCCUGUGCUAAAAUGAGGGGCUUUCCCUUGGGAGGUCCAGACCGCAGGCUGCGGGUGGAUUUUGCCAAAGCAGAGGAGACUCGGUAUCCCCAGCAGUACCAGCCCUCACCCCUCCCUGUGCAUUACGAGCUGCUCCCAGAUGGAUACACCCGGCACCGAAACCUGGAUGCCGACCUGCGGGUGAGGGAUAGGACCCCCCCACACCUCCUGUACUCAGACCGAGACCGGACAUUUUUGGAAGGGGACUGGACCAGCCCCAGUAAAAGCUCUGACCGCCGAAACAGCCUCGAGGGCUACAGCCGCUCAGUGCGUAGCCGGAGUGGUGAGCGCUGGGGAGGAGAUGGGGACCGGGGCCUGCCCAAGCCCUGGGAGGACAGACGGAAGCGCCGGAGCCUUUCCAGUGAUCGUGGGAGGACAGCCCACUCCCCUUAUGAGGAACGGAGCAGGACAAAGGGUGCUGGGCAGCUUGUGGACCGAGGCUCUGACCGCACCCCUGAGCGCAGCCGCAAGGAAAACCAUUCCAGUGAAGGGACCAAGGAAUCGAGCAGCAACUCCCUCAGCAACAGCAGACAUGGGGCUGAGGAGCGGAGCCACCACCACCAUCAUGAGGCUCCAGACUCUUCCCACGGGAGGAAGACACGGGAGAGCGAGCGCAAUCAUCGGACCACUGAGGCUGAGCCCAAGCCUCUUGAAGAGCCAAAACACGAGACCAAAAAGCUCAAGAAUCUUUCAGAGUAUGCCCAGACACUGCAGCUAGGUUGGAAUGGGCUUCUAGUGUUGAAAAACAGCUGCUUCCCGACAUCUAUGCACAUCCUAGAGGGGGACCAGGGGGUUAUCAGCAGUCUCCUCAAAGACCACACUUCUGGGAGUAAGCUGACCCAGCUGAAGAUUGCCCAGCGCCUUCGACUGGACCAGCCCAAGCUCGAUGAGGUCACACGACGCAUCAAGCAGGGGAGCCCCAAUGGCUACGCAGUGCUCCUAGCCACACAGGCGACCCCCAGUGGGCCUGGCACUGAGGGGAUGCCCACGGUGGAGCCAGGCCUACAGAGGCGGCUUCUCAGGAACCUGGUCUCCUACUUGAAACAGAAGCAGGCUGCAGGGGUGAUCAGCCUGCCAGUGGGUGGGUCCAAGGGCAGAGACAGCACGGGCAUGCUCUAUGCCUUCCCUCCCUGCGACUUUUCACAGCAGUACCUCCAGUCAGCACUGAGGACAUUGGGCAAGCUAGAGGAAGAACACAUGGUGAUAGUUAUAGUCUGGUCCACUACCCUGGCUGGCACGAGGCAGCGCAGGUGACAGCUGGGAUGUGUUGAGAGAGACAGUUCGUGAGAUGGAGGCGGGGGCUCAGUGCGGACCUCAUGGACAAUACAUGCCUCUCCACAAGGACAGUAAAAGAGGUGACUUUUUGAGACCUUAGAGAUUUAAAAUAAACAGGGCAAGGAAGGCGCCUGGGGAAGUACUGCUCACUAGGCUUCAGCUGGUGCUCGUGAGAGAAAAAGCACUUUCGUAACAAAUACAAGAAGUGUUAAAUGUGUUUAUUUGCCUGUUUGUACUUGAGCUUUGGCCACAACUGCCAGGUAUCUGAGCAAAGCAGUGCGAGGCACAGUAGGCCACAGCUGCACCAUUCCAGGCAGGUGGAACCACCAGAAGCAGGAAUGGGCCUCAUCUUGUUUAGAGCAGAUGAGGUAGGGACAAAUGCCUGGGUCACAGGCCGGAGCCGCCUUGCUGUAUUAAGCCCAAAACUUCUCUGGGCUGUUCCUUCAUAGAGUGGGUGCUCAGGACCCAGAAUACUACGCCUCCUAGUUUUCCCCGACAGAAACCUAGAAAGUCUGGCUGGAGAUACUUAAACCCUUGCUUUGUUCACCCUUCUUGAGGGAUAGGUGCUUUCUGGCCCCAAACCUAACUACAGAGUUCUCCCACCGUGUGACCAUCCUCCUCCUCCUUGGACCCUCAACUCCUUCCUUCCUCUCUUAAGACAGCAGCUUCUGUAACGUCUCUCAGAAAGGCCUUGGCCAGCACUAGCGAUGGUAGGUCAGGUGGUCAAGGCCCUGGUUGAUUGAUGAUGCUGCCCCCAGGGAGAGAACUAUUUAACUGCAGGCAACCUGUGCCUCCACCCGGGGUUCAGGUUCUAUCUAACUGAGGUGUGGCUUAAAGGCAAAAAUCAACCUAAGGCAAAAUUUGCCUCAUUGGUGGUUUGCUACUAUUCCACGUGUUUCUUCCUAAGUGACUGAGAUCAUGAGCCCUGCCUGGCAGAUAAAGAGCUGAUGUUUCCUUAGCCUCUUAGGGCACUUCCCUAAGGGUGUGUUGUCAAGUUGAACAGGAAUGUGCUUUCUUAUUGCAGGUGCCCAUCUCCACCCGAGAGACCUGUGGGUGUUCCCAAGAGCUGCUGGCAGAGUUCAGGGAGACUGGCUCUGCUGAGUUAAUGACUAGAAUACAAUGCGUUUAGUGCUUCUUGACUUGUAACCUGUUUUCUUCUAAUGCACCAGCAGUCAGACUAGUCUACUGGUUAGGUGUUAGCAGUCCAUUUAAGCUGAGGCAUGAAGCAACGUAAGAGCUGAGACCUCUGCUCUCUAGAGGACCAAGAGGUGCCUGUGUGUGACACAGGACCAACCACUUCAGUGUGUGUGAUGAACUGUAUGGUGCUCCGAAGCCCAGCAGGGCUUCACCAGCCCCUGGUGAGUUAGCCGUCUUGUCUUAUUUACUUCACAAAUUUGUCCUCUUAUCUCAGCAAAGGGAGAAAAGUCUCUUUAGCUAUAAAUACCUAUAUGAUGAUAGAAACUGGGCAAACUCAAAGGAAGAAAGAGACUAGGGUCUCCUAUUUAUUGUGGGUAAGAAGCGGGUGGGGUGGGGUGGGGUGAGUGAAAAGGUAAAAGCACCUGGUACUUUCCCUGGUGGUAGCACAGUUUAGCCAUAGGCCAGUUGUAGAGGCCUGUGAAAUACCUGCAAACCCAGCCCGACCAAGCCCUAGCUGCCCCUAAACUGCCAGAACUGAAGAACUGCCCAGGUCUACUGUUGUACUCCCUUCAGAAAACAGUAAUGACAGUCAGUCAGUCACCCACUACAGGGAUGGCCAAAAUGCUUUCACUCCCUAGCUUUGCCAGCUCAUUGCCCCACAACAUUCCAGGACCCCUAACAAACAUUCCAGCUCCACCAAAUCUACUCUGGAGCUGCCUUCUUGCUUCAGAACCCAGGAUAGAGAGAUGUGUGCAGAGUGGACAGUGCCCUGAGCACCUCCCUCUGCCCCCUGCCCAGUCCUCGGGGCGAGCAGCAGACCAGGGUUAGAUGCUGUGACUAAGCUGCUUUUCUCUCCAGAGUGCUUUACUUGGGCAGAACGUGUUCUCACCCCGUCCUGGGCUGCCUCUCUUGGAAGGCGUCUUUAUUGCCUGGCUAAAGCUAUAAGGAAAGGGACAGACCCCACUUUGGUAAAAGAGAACAGGGAAAGGCCAUAAACAAAGAAAGACAGACUUGUAGUUUAUUUUGUAUUUUUUUUUAAAUAAAUACACUUUACAUUAAAAGGCCUUUGAUUUGUACUUUCCACAUUUGGGAGAAAGGGAAGAAAAAAAGAUUUUUGAAAAACUGAAUCACAAAGAAAAAUAGAGGGAGUGAACUUAUAUCCUAAGUUCCCUCAACUCCACAAAACCAAUAUCCACAAUGACCUUGCUGCCCCCUCCCCCAAACCAUGAAGGUGGGUGAGCCUAGGCAUUUACUCAGCAAACAAGCAGCACCUCCUCCCCACCUCUGGCACAAAGGAAAACAAAUUAACCUGACAGCAUAUGAGGCAACAAAACAGGUUAAAAAAUCAUAUAUUAUAUUUAUAAUAAAAUAUUCUUAAUCCUUAUCAAUUUAAGAAACGAUUUUCCUUUUCAUUUAAAUACGUAUGUAAAAAUGCCUCUAUUGUUAUUCAGACAUCAUUUUCUUCCAUAGAAAAUGAACUGCAGGGACAAGAGACCUGGUGGAUAUAAGUUCAUACCCUCAGUUAUAAAUGCCUUUUUUUUUUUCUUUUUAAGUUUUAUAAAAAACUAUUUCUUGUUC